AUGAAACGCCAUUCAAAAAGUGCCUCCAAGAGUAAUAAACGUGAAGGAAGAAAAGAAAGACGCCAAAAGGAAGAGGGGGAACUUAAACAGCUCAAAGAGAGAAUUGAAAACUAUGAUCCCAAAGUAGACGAAGAAGCGAUGCAACAAUUUAGUGAUCUACCAAUCACACAGAAUACUCUAAGAGGACUCAAGGAAUCUGCAUUCAUUUCAUUAACUGAUAUUCAAAAAAAGACAAUUCCUAUAGCCUUGAAAGGGCAUGAUUUGAUGGGAACUGCCAGAACUGGGUCUGGUAAAACCUUGGCUUUUCUCAUUCCUGUAAUUGAGCUUUUGAUCAAGAAUGACAUUACCGAGUACGAUGGAUUGGCCGCGUUGAUUGUAUCCCCCACAAGAGAACUUGCAGUACAGAUUUUUGAAGUCUUGGCCAAAAUUGGUAAAUACAAUUCAUUUUCUGCAGGUUUAGUCACUGGUGGGAAGGAUGUACAAUAUGAAAAGGAAAGGAUAUCAAGAAUGAAUAUCUUGGUUGGAACUCCUGGACGUAUCUCGCAGCAUUUAAAUGAAGCUGUAGGGAUGGAGACAUCCAACUUGCAGGUUUUAGUUUUAGAUGAAGCAGAUAGAUGUCUCGAUAUGGGGUUUAAAAAGCAAAUUGAUAACAUUAUAAGUCACUUGCCACCAACAAGACAAACCUUACUAUUUUCAGCCACCACUACAGACAGUGUUCGAGAUUUGGCCCGGUUGUCCUUGACGAAUCCAAAGAGAAUAGGCACUUCCUCGGACCAAGAUGUGUCUGCAAUUCCCGAAUCAUUGGAUCAGUAUUAUGUUAGGGUACCGUUAGAAGAAAAGUUGGAUGUCUUGUGGUCCUUUAUCAAAUCACAUUUAAAGAGCAAGAUCUUGGUCUUCUUUUCAUCCUCAAAGCAAGUGCAAUAUACCUAUGAAUCAUUCCGUACGCUUCAACCCGGUAUUUCGCUUUUGAAGCUUUAUGGACGUAAUAAGCAAACGUCGAGAUUGGAAACAACAAUGAAAUUUGCCCAGGCUCAGCAUGUCUGUCUUUUUGCAACUGAUAUCGUAGCUAGAGGUUUAGAUUUUCCAGCAAUAGAUUGGGUUAUUCAAGUUGAUUGUCCCGAGGAUGUGGCAACCUAUGUUCACCGAGUGGGGAGAUCAGCAAGAUUUGGAAGGCAGGGUAAAUCCUUACUCAUGCUAACACCAACUGAAGAGGAGGGUUUUUUGCAAAGGCUCAAGGCUCAAAAUAUUGAACCAAAGUUGAUGAAUAUUAAACAAAAGAGUAAGAAAUCAAUAAGACCGCAAUUGCAAUCUUUAUGCUUCAAAGAUCCAGUGAUGAAGAAUUUAGGACAACGAGCAUUUAUUGCUUACUUUAAAUCUGUACAUAUACAAAAGGACAAGGAGGUGUUUAAUGUCGAAGCGUUGCCAGCUGAGGCGUAUGCGUCAUCAUUGGGUCUUCCUGGGGCACCUAAGAUCAAAAUCAAAGGAGGUUCUGCUAGUAAGGAGAAAAAGAACGAGUCGAGAAAAUUGCUUGCUUUGUCGAAAAGUGAUGCUGACGGUGAGGUUGAGGAAAAGCCUUCUAAAGUCAAGACUAAAUACGAUCGAAUGUUUGAGAGAAAGAAUCAAACGAUAUUGUCAGAUCAUUAUUUGAACUUGACAAACAGCAAAGCAAAUGGAAAAGAGGAUGAAGAGGAAGAGGACUUCAUGACAGUGAAGCGACAAGAUCAUGAAUUGAAAGAUGAAGAUUUACCUGAUUUGCUGUUGCCAGUGUCCAAGAGACAAGCAAAGAAAGCACUUUCCAAAAAGGCAUCAAUAGCAGAGAAGGGCAACCCAACAAAAUUGAAGUUUGACGAUGAUGGCGUAGCACAUCCAAUAUACGAAUUGGAGGGUGAAGAAGAUUUUAUCAAAGCUGGUGAUGCAAAGAAACAAAAAGAGGACUUCCUUACCAAAGAGCAAGAAUUGAUGAAGGUUACAGAUGCUGCUGAUAAAGAGGUGGAAAGACAAAAACGUCAAGAAAAGAAGAGAAAGAGGAAGGAAGCAGAGAGAAGAAUGAGGGAGGAAGAGGAACAUUACUCUGAAAGUGAAGAAGAUAUUCCGGACUUGGAGCGUGAUAUGGAGCUUGAUGACAAAAAGCCAUCUACAAGAGAUACCACCUGGUUUAAAGAUGAACCGGAAGCUAAGAGACAAAAGAAGGAUGAGUUUAUUGAAAUUGAUGAGCCAGAAACUUUGGAGGAUCUUGAAUCAUUGGCAGCUAAGUUAAUUAGUAACUAG